AUUUUUCUCUCGUCAACAUUUAAAGAACUCGGGUUAGUGACUGUAUCUCCCGAUUUGCUAUGGAGUACGGACAGUUUUGAAAGGACCCAAGAUUGUUUUAUGUAUGAUUAAGUAGAUAGCUGUGUGGUAUACCUGAAUUAUCAUGAAAGUGAGACAAAUCCAAAUAGAAAAAUGGCUGAUCUCAUCAUCUAAAGCAUUAAUGACGCUUCUUGAUGCUCCGUACUUCUUUCAAUCAGUUUGGCAUCAGCUUUUCCUACGAUUCACUAUUAGAGAAUGUGCUUCCUUUAAAGCAGACAAAUUUCACCCCACACUCACUGCCUCUUUAAUGGCUUCUCCUUUCCUGCCAUUUUGAAUGUAGCUCUAGGAUCCAAGGUUGGAACUGGGUGCUGAAUUAGUCCUAGUUUCACACCUUGAGUAUGACGUCCAAACUAAAGAAUGGUUUGCGUUCCAUUAUACCCCUCCAUUUGCAAGGUGAAUCCGCCCCCAGUUUUUGUAUGUUCUCUAGUGUCAAGUCUUCAGGAUGUAGUCCAGGAAACGCACCGGUUUAUAUUAAUGUUUAUGACUUGACUCCCAUUAAUGGAUACUUCUACUGGGCUGGAGUUGGCGUCUUUCAUACUGGGAUUGAAGUGUAUGGUGUUGAAUAUGCAUUUGGGGCACAUGAAUAUCCAACAAGCGGUGUAUUUGAGGUUGAACCAAGACAGUGCCCUGGCUUUAAGUUUAGGAGGUCAAUUCGGAUAGGAACCACUUUUUUGGACCCAAUCCAAGUUAGAGAGUUCAUGGAGCACCAAUCUGCAAAUUACCUUGGUGAUUCGUAUCAUCUCAUCAGUAGGAACUGUAACCAUUUCUGUCAGGAUAUAUGCUACAAAUUGACAGGGAACAACAUUCCAAAAUGGGUGAAUCGGCUAGCCAGAAUAGGGUCAUUAUGCAACUGCAUACUGCCAGAAUCCCUUAAAGCAUCGGCUGUGCAGCAGAAGAGUGGGAAUUUUAAGGGCAGUGACAAUGAGAAGAGGAAACUCAGAAGCUCGUUUGGCUGCUUGUCAUCAAUCUCAAUGCGUAAAAGGGAUAAAGAAGUGCCAUUGUUCUUGCACUCACACUGUUUGCCACCCUGGGGAUUAAAAGCUUCUAGAAGCGGUUCCUUUAGGGAAUCUUGACAAGACAUUUCUGCAUUCUCUCCAGAUCUAAUAUACCAAACUCGUCAGCUGAAGCAGCAGUUUCUGAUGGAAGACCAAUAUAUCUCUCUUCAGAUUUUAGAUUUGUUAUUUUUAUUUUACUUUUGGUAGUUACCCUCCAGAUUUACACCUCAUUUUGCCUGCUCAAUUUUAUGAGUCACUUGUGCUUGUUUUUUUGCAAUUUGUUAACUAUAGGAAAGAUGAAUGUAUCUCCUGGAGAAAUCUCCUAUUUCUUCAACCUUGCUGUACUUGUUAAAGUUUCCAGAGGACUGGACUAAAGUAACCCCAUGAACUACCCAUGUUAAUAUCUAAAGAGUUGGCAGAGUUGAUGACUUUGAUAUAAUGAAAUUACCUGUUCAAUGACUUCAA